AAAAGAAUGGGGGUAGAAAAGGGAAGGAAAGACACUUUCUUUCUUCCCCAGACGUCCUGGAUCUCCCGCCGUAGACGAGUGGCCGGCCGGCCGCCUGUCUGCCUUGGCGCCGGAGACGGGAGCGGAGCACCGCCGGCGACCCGGAGGAGGAGGUCGCGCGCAUCUUCCUCAGCGUUGCCGUCGUCCCGGCGCCACUGAGGCACGCGCCGCGGAGCCUGAGGAAGCGCCGGCCGAUUGGUAAAAUUCAGACUUCUUUUCAUCAACGGGUGCAAAUUGCUUCAAACACCGGAGAAUAUGUUAAUUUGACAGAAGAGCUUCUCUGGAACUGUGCAACUAUUGAGUGGCAGAUAGGAGAUAUAUAUGCUCAAAAGCAAUGGAAACUUGUAAUCAGCAUCAGAAGAGAUGGACAAAGAGCAUAUGAAGAAGGCUAUCCUGGAGCAAGAACAAGCAUUCAGAUAACAGUUCAGGGGUGGGGUUUGCUUUGCUUUGAUUUGAUAUAUCGCCGGCCAUGAGGAACUGCUUUGUGUCAUUGACGGGAACUGCGACGACGGUGCCCUCGACCUCUCAGUGCGAGGGCAAGAUCCUCCAGUCAGAAGAUUUCAGGCGCUUCGCCUUCAAGGAGCUCAAGAGGGCCACCAUGAACUUCUGGCCGGAUGGCUUGCUCAGUGACGGCCACUUUGGGUCAGUGCACAAAGGCUGGGUGAACGAGGCUACCUUCGCCCCGGCCAGCUGGGGCACCGGCAUGCCCAUCACCGUCAAGAAGCUCAACCAGGGAAGCGUCCAGGGCCACAUGGAAUGGCUGGUCGGUGCUUCUCAGUACCAAUCAAUCCCAAUUCAUUCAUCUCUUCAAUUCUGCAUAUAUGCUGAAGUGAAAUACCUUGGCCAAUUGUCGCACCCCAAUCUGGUGAAGCUCCUAGGCUACUGCAAUGAAGACCGUUCUCAGUGUCUUCUUGUCUACGAGUUCCUGCCACAGGGGAGCUUGGAGAACCAUCUUUUUAGGAGGGGCUUACAUUUCCAGCCACUGUCAUGGCAUCUGAGGAUGAAGGUAGCUCUUGGGGCAGCCAAGGGGCUCGCGUUUCUCCAUAGCGGCAAUGUCCCUGUCAUCCAACAUGAAUUCAAUACAUCAAAUGUUCUUCUCGAUUCCAGCUACAAUGCAAAGCUGUCUGAUUUUGGGUUGGCGAGGAUGGAACCGAUGGAUGAUCUGAGCACAGAUGUACAUGCAGCCCCUGAAUAUGUUGAUACAGGGCAUCUGACGAUGAAGAGCGACGUGUACAGCUUCGGUGUGGUGCUGCUGGAGAUUCUAGCAGGCCGGCCAGCCCUAGACAAGAACCGGCCCUCCAUCGAGCAUAACCUGGUGGAAUGGGCGCGGCAGUACCUGACGAGCGAGCGCCGCAUCUCUCACAUCAUGGACGCGCAGCUCGGCGGCCAGUACUCCCUCGCCUGUGCGCAUAAGGCUGCCACACUGGUGCUCCAAUGCAUCUCGGUCCACCCAAGAGACCGACCGGGCAUGGAGCAGGUGGUGGCGGCACUGGAGCAGCUCCAGGACACCAAUGAGACUGGGGCGAGCGGUCAGAGUGAUGUACGGCUGGGUAUGGAGCAGGUGGUGGCGGUGCUGGGGCAGCAGCUUCAGGACGACAAGGAGACCGUGGCAAGCGGUCAGCAGAAGGUGAGUGGUGGUGGUGGCGGUGCCUGUGGCUUCUUCAGGAUGUGUGGCGGUGGCCGGCAGUAGCAGCCAGUGGCGAGGCGGCUGCGCGCCAAUGAGCAGAGAUGAAUUCACUGUAGAGGGAUGAUUUCGUCUCUCAGAGUCAAAUGAGCCAACGACCAGACUAGCUUGCGUUGUUCGCUUCCAGGUCAUGGAUUCAGAGUCUAGUUUGCAGCGGCACUCACUCAUGGGUCAUGGCAGCAUUUGCAUCUCUGCCGCCUUCAAACCGGCCAUUCUCCAAGCAAUGACAUCAUUCUUCACCCUCUGGGCAACAUGCUGGGGUGUUGCACAUUUGCUAUUGAAGACUCUGCUUUUUGCUGGAGAAACGAGCCUGAUGAGAGAGUGCUAGAAUUUCCUCAGAAAUGUUGUUGCUGGUAGGGAUGCAUUCUGGGGGGAAACUGAAGUGUGCGACUGCCAACGUCCAAACAGUUCGGGCGAAGGUGCAAUCGACAAAGGGAUACCUGACUGAUUCAGGAUGCUAUCGGCAAAGCUGCCAGAUUGGCUUAUUAGGCCAUCCCAGCAUGCCAUCUUCUCCCCUUUGAACCAUUGCUCCCCAUGGAUGACACCCAUGUGUGACCUCGUCGUCAUUGACUCAUUGGCCGUCCCUUUCAAGGUGAGAUGGUCAGCUCUUCCUCCUCGUGAUUCUGGUUCAUGGAACAUAUUAGUCAGCUAAGUCUCUUCUACUAAGACACAAAGUUAAUUCAUUGACUUCCUUUGAAUUUAGGUCAACAUUAGUGUUGGUUCGAGAAACAACUUAUGCUCUUUUCUUAAAACUUGAAUAUUGCAUCCAGUCCCAGGGUAAACAACUAUCUGUCCACAAGUGUAUUAUUUAUGCUGCAGCAAGCGUGGCAUUAUCAUACCAAUUCAGAGUGCAAAUGGGUCUGUAAAUUGAAGCUUUUUUUUGGCAAAUUUGUUUAUAGGACAGUGUUAAAUGUUUGCUUAAUUUGGGUAAUUUUACCAAUAUUACACUUACAUUUC